GACCAGUUACACUAGCGGCGUGAGCGUAAAUUCGUUUCUACUUCACUGAGUUCACUCAGUCGGUUCUACGGUUUGUGUCGUGUUAGUUGAUACUUUGUAGGCAGUGCUGUAGAGUCUAGAUUGAAUAAUAUUCCUGUCAAAUUUCUCCAUUUUUUAUUUCUAACGCUGACAAUUAAUCGAAUUUUAAUCGUUUGUCUGCCGUCUAGAAUGGCUCCAACAUACGAAGUGGAAGAUCUUGUGUGGGCUAAGAUGAAGGGCUUCUCACCAUGGCCUGGCAAGGUUGUUGAGCCAAACAGCAAUGUGAAGAAACCCAGCAAAAAGAACUGUCACUUUGUUUUCUUCUUUGGCAGUGGCGACUAUGCAUGGAUAGAAAAUGCAAACUUGAAGCCGUUCUUUGCCUUCCGGGAGCGACUUGUGAAAGCCAACAAGACGGCUCCCUUCAAGGAUGCCAUUGUUGCAAUUGACCAAUAUAUUGAGGAGUACAAUAUUCAGCCAAAUGAUCAUCAUAGCAGCGCUGACAGUGGGCCUGAGUCAGCUGACAGCAGCCUGAUGCAGGACGCCUCAGGCUCUCCUCCGCCUCCCACCAAACUAAAGAUCAAGCUUGCAGCAAAGAAGAAAAUUAAGACACCCGGAACUGAGAGUUCAUCGGACGGCUCAGUGGGCAAGAAGCGGAAGAGUGAAAGCAUUGGCGGCAUCUCAAGCACUGAGAAGAUCAGGAUCAAGAAGAUGAAGGCUGGGGCUCGUAUUAAAGAUGCCAUGCUUGCCUCUCCUUCACUUAACGCUAAAGCAAGAGUAUCAGCGCUGCUCGACAGACCUGUGCACAUACACAGACCUGACACGCCUCCCCUGGACGUGGGUAACGUGAGUCAGGCCCUCAAGGACAAGAAGAUCGAGCCUUCCAAGCUGAAGUUCGGGUUCCUAGGCCUGGGGGUCAUGGGCUCUGGGAUCGUUAAAAACCUCCUCAACAGCGGCCACUCCGUCAGGGUCUGGAACAGGUCUUCUGAGAAGUGCGGUGACUUCAUCGCCGUGGGGGCGGAGGAGGCCAUGACGCCUUCAGACGUGAUCGCCGCGUGCGACAUCACAUUCUCGUGCGUGUCGGACCCGCAGGUCGCCAAGAAUAUGGUGUUCGGGAACUGCGGUGUGCUGCAAGAGAUGUCGACUGACAAGGCCUACGUCGAGAUGACAGGAAUCGACGCUGAGACCUCGCAGGACCUCGCUGAUGCGAUGAUGUCGAAAGGCGGACGGUAUCUGGAGGCUCAGAUCCAGGGGUCCCGGGAGCAGGCAGAGAACGGCACGCUAGUGAUCCUCGCCAGCGGCGACCGGUCGCUCUUUGACGAGUGCCAGAGCUGCUUCCAGGCCAUGGGCAAGAACUCCUUCUUCCUCG